GUCUCCUGUGGUGUGCAGUUGGCAUUGAGGACUUAAUUUUUUUUUUCUUAAACUGAUUGAAAAUGCUGCGUAUGGUGUUAUUUGCCUUUGUUGCGGCUGCGUCCGCUAGCGUCGUCCAUGAGGGGAAAUGUCCGGAAAUCAAGCCUGUAGAGAAUUUCAACGUGACAGCCUAUCAAGGAGUAUGGUACGAGAUUUCUAAGACGCCCAACGAUGCGGAGAAGAAUGGCAAGUGCGGACAAGCGGAAUACAAAUUGGAUGGAGAAGUGGUGAAAGUGAAGAAUAGUCACGUGGUAGAUGGCGUGCAGAAAUACGUAGAGGGCAUCGCCAAAUUUGCUGAAGAUGCGAACAAGAGUGCUAAGCUAUUAGUAACUUUAACUUAUGGAGCUGUCAACAGGGAAUCCCCUCUCAACAUAAUCGCCACAGACUACCAACAUUAUGCGAUUGCAUAUACUUGUAAAUACGACGAGAAGAGCAAAGCACAUAACGAUUCCGUAUGGGUCCUGUCCAGAGCUAAGAAAUUGGAAGGCGACGCGAAGACCGCCGUUGACAACUUCCUGAAGGAGCACGCUAAGGAGAUUGAUGCCUCUAAACUUGUCCAAACCGACUUCUCAGAUGAAGCUUGCAAGUUCACAAGUUCCAGCGCAGUGACAGAGCUACAAACAAACAAACAAUAAUUAAAUUUGCUGAUAAUAUUUUAGGUUAGAGUUGACAAAUUACGAAUUAUAAAUUUCAUGGUUGGUUUAUUCCAACAUGUCACUAAUUGAGCUAAUUAUCCUACAUAAAUAUUAUAUUAUUAAUGACGAAUACUUACCAUAUUACAAAUAUUAAAAAAUAGUAACUCCAUUCCUACAAUAAUUUGUGAUUAAGAAAUAACUGUUUACCUGUUUACUAACCAAAGUCGUGUUUUAAUCAAAGCACAAUAAAUUAGAAUUAUGUUAUUAUUAGACUAAGAAUGUUUCUGUCGAAUAGCGCUAAUAGGAUCUGUUGUAUUAGUUAUCUGUUUUAAUAUUACUAAAAAAGGGAUAUCCAUAAAUUACAUAAUACUCAGUAGUGUCCAUAUUAUGCAACUUUAUAAAUAUCAUUAAAAUAUUUCGUUAAUAGUUUAAAUUACGUGUAGUAUCUAUAUUUGAUCAAAUUUGAUGUAGCGUAUGUUGGAAUUUAUUUUCCGCAUUAAGACUCAAGGUGACGUUACUGAAUUUGUAAAAGUUCCUAAAUUUCCCACUUCUCACACCUUGUCGUACAAUGUUAUAUUUUGUCAAGUAAUUUAUGGGUAGCCACAAAUAAUUAAAGUGUAAUGUGUGAUCGAUAAUAAUGAUAUUAAUUGUAGAAUGUACACGAUCAACUUUCAUCAAUUACUCUUAUUAUUUAGAUUAGAUCUAUCGUAGAUAUUUAGGUACUUUAUAGUCAUGCUUAUUUCUACAUUCAAAUUUGUAAAUUUCCUUUGUAUUUCUUCUACAUUGAUGAGAAGUCGAUGGUGUGCGUAGUUAUUAAUUUUUAAAAUAUUUGCAGAAUCUCAAUUGAAAAUAACAUCAGACAUAAUAAAUUUAAUCGAACUAAUUCAUUGGUUAGUUUUGUCUCGAUUCCAUUUAGAGUUAGAGCUGUUAUAGUUUUAGUUGCAUAACAAGAUAGUUCAUUAUAAUAUUAAACAAAUGUCAACUUAAUUUCAAGUUUAUUACAUAAAUGGUUUGUGAUAAAAUGUUUUAAGUAGUUUUUUUUUGGAUAAUAUUAUUUAUUGGAUUAAAUACAUUUUUAGCAGAUA